ACACAAAACCGGCACCUCCGGGAGAGGGGUGGAGCUGCAUCACAGCCGGCAGAGCAGCCGGCAGGGCCAUGGGAAGGUAAGCGCGCCGGAGCGAGCCACUGGCAAGCCGGGUGAGAAGCCACGAGCCCCAGGGAGGUGACAGCCAGCCCCCACCAUGGUGUCCAUGGGACUCCAGCUGCUGGGCUAUGCCGUGGCCUUCCUGGGCUACAUUGGCACGCUGACGGCCACGCUGCUGCCCACCUGGAAGACCAGCUCCUACAUCGGGUCCAGCAUUGUGACGGCCGUGAGCUUCACCAAGGGGCUGUGGAUGGAGUGUGCUACCUACAGCACGGGCAUCACCCAGUGCGACAUCUACAGCUCCCUGCUCAACCUGCCCGCCGACAUCCAGGCAGCCCAAGCCCUGAUGGUGAGCUCCUGCGCCGUCUCCUCCCUCGCCUGCCUCCUCACCGUCGUGGGCAUGAGGUGCACCGUCUUCAGCCAGGGCUCGCCAGGCAAGGACCGGGUGGCGGUGGCGGGCGGCGUGGUCUUCAUCCUCGGGGGGCUGCUCUGCUUCAUCCCGCUGGUGUGGAACAUCCACGUGGUGCUGCGGGAUUUCCACAAUCCCGUCCUCCCCGACAGCAUAAAGUUUGAGCUCGGGGAGGCACUUUACCUGGGCAUCAUCUCCUCCCUCCUCUCCCUCAUCGGUGGCUUCAUCCUCUGCACCUCCUGCCCUUCCCGGGACACAACGGCCACGUACACAAGCACCUACCAGCCCCGGCUGCUGGCAGGCAAGAGCCCCCGGCCCUCCGUUAGCCAGGCACAGAAGACCAAGAGCGAGCUCAACUCCUACAACCUGACAGGAUACGUGUAGCGGCCGCGGGUGGAAAUGGGGCUGGCAUCUCUCCCAGCUCCCCAAAGCAUCCGGGCUGGCACCGAGGGAGCGCGGGAAGAGGAGAGGACACAGCGGCAUCUCCCGUGCUCAGCCCUCUCACUCGCAGGCUUGGGGGGGCGGGGGGGUUGAUCCCACUCUCUCCCCAGGGAUCCCGAGAGCCUUGCGACUGCUCAGAGAUCCCAGCUGGUGGCUUACAUCAGUGAACGACCCCGAAUCCAGCUUCUGUUCCCUCCUCCGUGCUGCCAGCCCACAGGUAGCCCCUGGCACAGCAGGACCCCGCAGCCCCAGCGAGCCUGCCCGUGUGGGGAUAGGUGGGCUUGUGCCCCCAGAGACUCACUGGCCACAGAGGCAUCACAGGGGGGUCAGGGCAUCCGCACGGGUCCGGACUUGCCACUGGGGCGGUUGCAUGCUGGUUGCAAACCAAUGUCGCAAUAAA